UGUCAAUGCAUGUGAUAGAGCUGAGGACUGCAAAAGCUCAAAAAUCCAGCUUGAAAACAUGUCAAAAUCUCAGCCUGGCUCUAAAACAGAGAAAGCAGAUCAAAUCGUUGCUGAUACCAAGUUUAAGGAUGUCGGAGACACGAGUUUGCCUGAUGGAGGUCCAGUUGAGCCGGCAACUCCAUUAUCUGAGGUCAAGCAAGAGCCAUACAACCUUCCUUCUCCUUAUGAAUGGACCACCUGCGAUAUGAACUCUGAUGAUAUGUGCUCAGCGGUGUACAACUUUCUCAAGGAACAGUUUCCUGAUAAGAGAUAUUUGUUCCAGGAAAAUUAUUCCAGGGAGUUUCUAAGGUGGGCAUUGUGUCCACCUGGUUAUCACCAGAGCUGGCAUAUUGGAGUCCGUGCCAAGAACUCGACGAAACUCGCUGCUUUUAUCAGUGGCGUGCCAGAAAGAAUUAGGGUGCAUGAUAAGGUUGUUGAAAUUGCAAAGAUCACUCUCUUUUGUAUUCACAAAAAGCUCAGGUCUAAGAAGGUGCUUCCUACUGUCAUGAUCAAGGAAGUGACUAGAAGGGUUCACUUGCAGAAUAUAUGGCAAGCGGCUUAUAGCUUACCUGCUAAACGUGCUACACCAUUAAUCACUUGUCAAUACUGGGUCAGAAUGUUGAACCCGAUGAAGCUAAUGGAUGUUAGGUUUUCAUGUGCUCUUGACAACACAACGGCAAAGAGACUGACAGUCAAACUUUACAAUUUACCAGAUGCAACAAUCACUCCUGGAUUUAGGAAAAUGGAACAACGUGAUAUCCCUGCUGUUACAGGUUUGCUCAGGAACUACCUAAGCCAGUUUGGAGUUGCGACUGACUUUGAUGAAAACGAUAUUGAGCACUGGUUUCUCCCAAGAGAACAUGUCAUCUACAGUUACGUAGUAGAAACUCAUGACGUGAUCACUGACUUGUGCAGCUUCUACGCUGUCCAGUUAACUAUCGACGACAAUAACCCCAAGCACGAAACAGUGGAAUGUGCUUAUUCUUACUACAAUGUGGCAACACAGACCUCGUUACUCCAGCUGAUGAAAGAUGCGCUAAUCGUCUCUAAGAAAGAAGGUUUUGAUGUUUUCCACGCUUUGGAUGUGAUGCACAAUGAGUCUUUCUUGAAAGACUUGAAGUUUAAACUUGACAAUUCACAGAUGCACUACUAUCUCUACAACUACCGCUUAAGAAGUGCAUUGAAGCCAUCAGAGUUUGGGAUUGUCUUCUGAGAAGCUCUUCAACAACUUGCUUGGAUGAUAUAAUUAGUAUGGUAUAACAAACUUGAAUUAGUAUUGUUAUUUUGUUUUGGUUCUUCUUUAUCUGAAAAACUUCUCCCAUGCGAUUUUGAAUUCU